UUAAUAUUCGACAUUCCGAGUGGUAGAAACAUAUCUUACUAUUUUUAUUUGAUUUCUUCAAGAAUCAACCUCAAUGAUAAGGGUAGUUGAUAUUCUUACAGAAUGUUCUGUAAAAAGUAGAAAGAUAUUGAUGUAGACUUUGAGUUUGAAGAUAAGAAGGAUGUAGUAAAAAGAUUUGUCCCUAUUAGGCUCCUUUAUAGAAUAGUAGUUGAUAUGCGUUCAACCUCAGCUAUAAAAGAAUAUAUGGGCAAUUUACUAUAAUCCAAUAGGCUACUUUAUCUUCAAAGAUUGGACAAAAGAUCAAACAAUUUGUUUCAGGAUGGAAUCAAGGGGUGUAAUAAGUUGUAUUCUUCUAUCAUACUUUUGUUUGUGUUGUGCAGAAGAAGUGAAGUUGACAGUGAGAGGAGUGACCUCCAUAGCAAAGACAGAUGAAAACUUCAUAUGUGCCACUCUGGAUUGGUGGCCUGAGACAAAGUGCAACUACAACCAGUGCCCCUGGGGAAAAGCAGGCAUCCUCAAUCUGGAUUUGGAAAACAAGAUUCUUGCAAAUGCCAUCAAAGCAUUCAGCCCUCUUCGGAUCAGAAUUGGAGGUUCACUGCAAGAUCAGGUUCUGUACAAAGUUGGAACCUUAGCCCCAAAAUGCCCACAUUUCAAAAGAAGAGAUGAUGGCCUUUUCGGAUUUUCAAAAGGCUGUCUAGACAUGAACAGAUGGGAUCUCCUGAACAAAUUGUUCAACAGAACCGGGGCCAGGCUAACGUUUGGCUUGAACGCCCUCACUGGAAGGAAGAAGUCCAAAGACGAUAACUCACUUAUGGUAGGCAACUGGAACCCAAGAAAUGCCUAUGAAUUCAUGAAGUACACUGUCUCCAAAGGGUACAAGAUUGAUUCAUAUGAACUUGGAAAUGAGCUUUGUGGAAGUGGGGUAGCUGCAAGAAUAGGAGCAGAACAAUAUGGCAAGGAUGUUAUUGUACUAAAAAGACUAGUUCAGAAGCUGUACCCUAACCCUGCUACACAACCAAAAGUCUUGGGUCCGGCCGGAUUUUACGACAAGCAAUGGUUCAAUACCUUCCUCCAGACCACAGGACCAAAUGUUGUAGAUGGUUUAACCCACCACAUUUACAACCUUGGUGCAGGUGUUGAUCCGACCCUUAUCAGCAAGGUUCAAGAUCCUUAUUUUCUUGAUCAAAUAGCUGAGACAUACAGAGAGGUUUCUACCAGCAUUAAGUUAUUUGGGCCAUGGUCAGGAGCAUGGGUUGGGGAAGCUGGGGGGGCUUACAACAGCGGUGGCAAAUAUGUAUCACAUGCCUUUGUUGAUGGAUUCUGGUACUUGGAUCAAUUGGGUAUGACAUCAAGAUUCAACCAUAAGGUCUUCUGCAGGCAAUCCUUAAUUGGAGGAAACUAUGGUCUGCUUAACACAACCACAUUCGUUCCCAACCCAGAUUAUUACGGUGCACUCUUAUGGCAUCGCUUGAUGGGAACGAAUGUGCUCUCUGCCUCUCAUAACGGCUCCCCCUACUUGCGCGUCUAUUCUCAUUGCUCAAAGAAAACAGCAGGCAUUUCGCUACUCCUAAUCAACAUGUCAAAUUCCACAACCUUUGAAGUCUCAGUAGCUGAUGAUACAAACUCGUACCAUCAACAAUACAGAGACACAAACAAAAGGGAAGAAUACCAUCUGACCCCAGAAGAUGGCAAUAUUCUAAGUGAUGUUUUGCUGCUAAAUGGGACGCCAUUGAAGCUCACGGAGUCAUCUGACAUUCCGGCAAUGAAUCCACAGCUCGUUGAUGCUCGUCUGCCUAUCAAGGUCACGCCUGAUUCAAUAGUUUUUGCCACGCUGCCAGGCUUUAAAGCCCCAGCCUGUGAUUAGAAGUUUGUUAACUCUAAAAUUCUACAUCUAUAGAGAAGGAUAAAAUGUCUUUCUCAUUCAGGAGUUUACUGAAUCUCUCAUGUAACCUGAUCGGGUAUAAAUUGUAUGGAAUUAAUGAUUAUUUCAUGUAGCAGUAAUAUUUAAACCAA